AAGAAGAAGAAGAAGACUAACUAGAAGAAGAAGAACUCGAAUCGAAAAUAUAAACAUGGAGCCUGAAAUUGACGAUAAAACCGCUACAGAUGCCAGUAAUGUGGAUGGAAGUGUCAGUUAUCAGCGUGUUAUAGCUGUUGCUAAAGGAUGGAUGCUGGACUUCAUGUUUAGGAGUUUGUGUCGGCAUUUCAAGGAAGGCAAAUUUGAUGACUUCAACGAAGCGCUUUCGAUAUUCGAGGCUAUUUCUCAGAGUCCAUCUUUUAAAGGACGCCACUAUGAGGAGAAAACGGUGAUAUGUGCCUUCCUUGCAAGAGUCAUACAUGGAAAGCAGUUGGAUGUCCAGUUUGAGGAGGACGAACGUUUGAUGCCUCUGAUGUCCGCCGCCAAAAUAUGGUUAAAGCUAGAAGACACUGUUACAGAUGAAAGCAUGUUCAAAAACAUCACCAUUCUUUUGCUUGUCCAGUCUGUGGCUGUGUGCUUGGAGAAAGGCCAAAGAUCUUCAGCCUCCUCUGCCCUCAGGUGGCUUGAGAAUAACCACAACUUCCCACAGAACUUGAGAGUCAAGCUGACAACAAUAGUGACACAGAGGGAAACGUACCACCCAUUCUUUAAGAGCUUCAGCUACAGCCGCCUGCUGGAGACAAUCCAGUCCUACCUGGAUGCUUACAUAGAGAAGAAUCCUUCUGACUAUCUUCUUAAGGCAGCCACUGAAGUGGCCCUGUCGUCACAGAAGACUGAGGGUUUGGAGGACGUGGUGACACAGGACAGCUCUCUCUCAGAGACACCGAGCAAAUCAACAGAGAAGGCUCAAAAGAAAAAGGAGAGUGCUGCAGGUUUGAGAACAAAACGGAAACUGCUCUCAACUAAAAUUACUGAUGCAUGGAAGCCUGAUUCAUGCAGGAAGCCUUGUGUCUCUAUCAGAAGACUUUCCCGGAGUGAUUUACCUGAGUUAACUUCUGAGAAGUCAAGGGACACCACAGUGAUCCAAAAAAGAAGAAAACCACCUCAGAAGUGGACACCGCAGCUGGACAAAUACCUCAAGGCUGGUGUGAAACAGCACGGGCAGGGGAAGUGGUCUCGCAUAUUAAUGGACUAUGAUUUUGAAGGACGCACUGGAACCAUGCUCAAAGACCGCUGGAGAGUUUUAAUGAAGGCACAUGAAGUCGACUGA